UUAAUAGUUCUGUGUUCUGCCUAGGUCCUCCCUUUCUCCUUUUUACAGGGUACCACCCUCACUGUCCUUACUCUAUUCUAAAGUCUGUGAGAUGUAACUCCAGAAUAGCUAUGUUUUAUGUCUGAAAUGUUUCCAAUUGCUUAAGCACAUUGUAUGGUAUGCUUGCACUCAUCCCUGGAUAUCAAAUGAUAGGUAUGCUGGCACUAAUGCUUAUAGACCAGAGGAUAGGUAUGUUGGCAUUAAUGCCUGGAGACCAGAGGAUAGGUGUGCUGGCACUAAUGCCUGGAGACCAGAGGAUAGGUAUGCUGGCACUGAUUCUUAGAGACCAGAGGAUAGGUAUGUUGGCACUAAUGCUUAUAGACCAGAGGAUAGGUAUGCUGGCACUAAUGCCUGGAGACCAGAGGAUAGGUAUGCUGGCACUAAUGCCUGGAGACCAGAGGAUAGGUAUGCUGGCACUGAUGCUUAGAGACCAGAGGAUAGGUAUGUUGGCACUAAUGCUUAGAGACCAGAGGAUAGGUAUGUUGGCACUAAUGCCUGGAGACCGGAGGAUAGGUAUGUUGGCACUAAUGCCUGGAGACCGGAGGAUAGGUAUGUUGGCACUAAUGCCUGGAGACCGGAGGAUAGGUGUGUUGGCACUAUUGCUUAGAAACCAGACGAUAGGUAUGUUGACACUAAUGCUUAGAGACCGGAGGAUAGGUAUGUUGGCACUAUUGCUUAGAGACCGAAGGAUAGGUAUGUUGACACUAAUGCUUAGAAACCAGAGGAUAGGUAUGCUGGCACUAAUGCCUGGAGACCAGAGGAUAGGUAUGCUGGCACUAAUGCCUGGAGACCAAAGGAUAGGUAUGCUGGCACUAAUGCCUGGAGACCAGAGGAUAGGUAUGCUGGCACUAAUGCCUGGAGACCAGAGGAUAGGUAUGCUGGCACUAAUGCCUGGAGACCAGAGGAUAGGUAUGCUGGCACUAAUGCCUGGAGACCAGAGGAUAGGUAUGCUGGCACUAAUGCCUGGAGAUAAGAACAUAGGUAUGCUGGCACUAAUGCCUGGAGACAAGAGCAUAGGUAUGUUGGCACUAAUGCCUGGAGACCAGAGGAUAGUUAUGCUGGCACUAAUGCUUAGAGACCAAAGGAUAGGUAUGCUGGCACUAAUGCCUGGAGACCAGAGGAUAGGUAUGCUGGCACUAAUGCCUGGAGACAAGAGCAUAGGUAUGUUGGCACUAAUGCUGGAGACCAGAGGAUAGUUAUGCUGGCACUAAUGCUUAGAGACCAAAGGAUAGGUAUGCUGGCACUAAUGCCUGGAGACCAGAGGAUAGGUAUGCUGGCACUAAUGCCUGGAGACCAGAGCAUAGGUAUGCUGGCACUAAUGCCUGGAGACAAGAGCAUAGGUAUGCUGGCACUAAUGCCUGGAGACAAGAGCAUAGGUAUGCUGGCACUAAUGCCUGGAGACCAGAGCAUAGGUAUGUUGGCACUAAUGCCUGGAGACCAGAGGAUAGGUAUGUUGGCACUAAUGCUUAGAGACCAGAGGAUAGGUAUGUUGGCACUAAUGCCUGGAGACCGGAGGAUAGGUAUGUUGGCACUAAUGCUUAGAGACCGAAGGAUAGGUAUGCUGGCACUGAUGCUUAGAGACCAGAGGAUAGUUAUGUUGGCACUGAUGCUUAGAGACCAGAGGAUAGGUAUGCUGGCACUAAUGCCUGGAGACCAGAGGAUAGGUAUGCUGGCACUAAUGCCUGGAGACAAGAGCAUAGGUAUGUUGGCACUAAUGCUUAGAGACCAGAGGAUAGGUAUGUUGGCACUAAUGCCUGGAGACCGGAGGAUAGGUAUGUUGGCACUAAUGCCUGGAGACCGGAGGAUAGGUAUGUUGGCACUAAUGCCUGGAGACCGGAGGAUAGGUGUGUUGGCACUAUUGCUUAGAAACCAGACGAUAGGUAUGUUGACACUAAUGCUUAGAGACUGGAGGAUAGGUAUGUUGGCACUAUUGCUUAGAGACCGGAGGAUAGGUAUGUUGGCACUAUUGCUUAGAGACCGAAGGAUAGGUAUGUUGACACUAAUGCUUAGAAACCAGAGGAUAGGUAUGCUGGCACUAAUGCCUGGAGACCAGAGGAUAGGUAUGCUGGCACUAAUGCCUGGAGACCAAAGGAUAGGUAUGCUGGCACCAAUGCCUGGAGACCAAAGGAUAGGUAUGCUGGCACUAAUGCCUGGAGACCAGAGGAUAGGUAUGCUGGCACUAAUGCCUGGAGACCAGAGGAUAGGUAUGCUGGCACUAAUGCCUGGAGACCAGAGGAUAGGUAUGUUGGCACUAAUGCCUGGAGACCAGAGGAUAGUUAUGCUGGC